AUGGCCCCAAAAGCUGCUGAGAAGAAGCCCUCGACCGCCGGCAAGGCCCCGGCUGGCAAGGCGCCUGCUGAGAAGAAGGAGGCCGGCAAGAAGACUGCCUCUGCCGCCACCGGUGACAAGAAGAAGCGCACCAAGGCCAGAAAGGAGACUUACUCUUCCUACAUCUUCAAGGUGCUCAAGCAAGUCCACCCUGACACCGGUAUCUCCAAGCGCGCCAUGUCCACCCUCAACUCCUUCGUCAACGACAUCUUCGAGCGUGUUGCUACCGAGGCCUCCAAGCUCGCUGCCUACAACAAGAAGUCCACCAUCUCCACCAGAGAGAUUCAGACCUCCGUCCGCCUCAUCCUCCCCGGUGAGCUGGCCAAGCACGCCGUCUCCGAGGGCACCAAGGCCGUCACCAAGUACUCUUCUUCCGCCCGAUAA